GGCGCUAGCUAGCAACGCCUGUCGGAAGAGAUGGAUCUACAGUGGUCUAGAGUAGAGAGGCAAACGAUGAUGAAAAGAUACUGUAUAGUAUUCAAUAACAAUUUGAUAUAGAUAGUUAUAUGUGCAGUUCGCAUACUGUCACCUGCAGUUCCCUCCGUUUAAUUUAAAUAAUAGGCUAAUAUUUACAUUAGCUAGCUAGCACUACUACUACAUUAUGAAUUUAGCCUAGCCUUGUGGUUAGCUUAGUUAGCUAUCUAGCUAACUUGAGUUCUGCCUUGUCAUAUAGCUUUAUACCUUGCUAUGGAUACCGUAAUCAAAGAACAAGAAAUUAAUAGGAUCAUUAUCUUUGACUUCUACAUAUAAUACAUAAAAUAAAACGGAAAGCAAAGCCCUGGACGUCAGCAACCUGUGCACCUAAGUUGGCUAGCUAAAAUAGCUAGUUGAAUUUGAACUAGAAUGGAGCCGAGGGAUUUGCGUGAAAGUCCUGCCGGUUCCGGAGGCCCCGAAGUCGGGCAUUGGAGAGAACUUCCUGGAGAAGAUAUCGAAGUGAAGGAGGGUGUAUUUCCUGACAAAAAAACAAACGCAAGCAAAGAAUCUGUUGACAUGGACACCUGCAAGGGACUUGAGCGCGAGGAGAAACGGAUGUCUAAAACGGGUGAACAAUACAGACACGAGGAUGAAUUAGACCCCAGAAUUCAAGAAGAGUUGGAACAACUGAACGAAGCCAGUGCAGAGAUCAACAAAUUUGAACUCCAGUUGGAUGAUGCCAGAUCAGGAUACAGGAAGAUUCUUACUGACUCUGCAAGGAAGCUUAAUGCUCACAGCUUGCAACUUGGUACCUGUAUAGAGAAAGCCAGGCCCUACUAUGAGGCUCGUAGACUUGCCAAAGAGGCCCAGCAAGAGACACAAAAGGCUGCACUUAGCUAUGAGAGAGCCGUUUCCAUGCACACUGCUGCAAGGGAGAUGGUGUAUGUGGCAGAGCAGGGACUGCUGGCAGACGGCAGGAACACCCUGGACCCCACCUGGCAGGAGAUGCUUAAUCAUGCCACCUCUAAGGUCAAUGAAGCAGAGGAAGAGCGUCUGCGUAGUGAACGGGAGCACAUGCGUGUCACCCAUGCCUGCCAGGAGGCAGAGGCCCGGGUUCAGACCUUACAGAAAGCUCUCAAGCGGGUCAUCGUCAAGUCCAAACCUUACUUUGAGCUCAAGGCCCAGUUCAACAACAUACUUGAGGAGCACAAAACCAAAGUGAUGCAGCUGGAGGAAAAGGUGGCCAAAGUGAAAUCCUGCUACUCUAUCGCCUUACGCAACCUGGAGCAAAUCAGUGAGCAGAUUCAUGCUCAGAGAGUGGAGGACCAAGUUGAGGGAGGAUCAACCACAACCUUUGGAGGACGGAGUCCCCCUGUGGGUGCGGAGUCAGACAAUGUCAUGGGGGCAGAGGGAGUAGCCUUUAGAGUAGGGACAGCUGAAAAUGAGAGGGUGGAUGGGAGUGAGAUGGCAAAUGAAAAAAACAAGCAGGAGGUGAAAUACAUUGAGAGAGCUGAGACCGAGUGUGGAAGGGAGACGGAGAGGGCGGGGUCGGAUUCCCUUUCCGUGUUCAGCCUGCAAACAAUUGCAUCAGACUUGGAGAAAUGUGAUUCCGUUGAACACCUCGGGGACUUCAGCGAUGUGGGCAGUGUGACUGGGGAGGAUGGAGAGAGAGACGGGACAGGAGGGAAGGACAAAAGGAAUAGGCUAACUGAAACUGAAACUAAAGAACGCCAACAGCAGUUUCUACAGCAGCAUCACCGAAGUUUCAGUUUGUGAAAUCCGAGUUCAUUUAUUCUAGUUGAGAAAAGAAUUGUGUAAUAAAAAGUAGGCGGUCUAGUCAACUGUAAUGGUAAGAAUUACAGUAUAAAAAAGUAUGAGAAGGGAUGCUGACCUGAUAUAAAAUAUUACAAUCUUAAACAAUAUUUACACUUGUAAACCCAUAAGUAUGCUGGCUGAAAAUGUAUAUCAACUAUAUGACAGGAUUGGCCUUGCUGAAAUUCCUAUUCUUAAUUUUUCCUCUCAAGAGUUGUGUAAAGUAUACCUCAUUUUGUUGGUUAAGACAUGGGAAAAGCACUUUUUAUUCUGCUCAAAGAAAGAAUGACUCAAGCCAUUUUUGUCACCCCACUUACAGAUAUGAUUGUAAAAAGUUUUAAGUAAGUUAUAGUUGUGACUAACGCUACACUUACCUGAUAGAAAGAUACUCCCAUGUGAACGAAGAGAUUCUUAAUACAAUGUUGAUCCUUCAAUAAAAACAAUGUUCCAUGGGAUAGGUAUAGCUUGUUCGGUUCCCGCUCUGGAUUUUGCCUCGGAUAAAAUCAUCUGCUAAAUUAACCCAUUAUAUAUUUUAGUUUUAGGGUUUCGUAGAAUGGUUAAGUGGCUCCCCAGUUUGACAUUUAGUUGGCUAUGUCUGCUUUCAUGAAAAAAGGGAACACAAACCAUGGUAAACAAACCCUUCAUUCUGUGAAUACAGAAGACAAACAUUGCUAUAAUGUUGUAAUAGCUGAACGCUAGUUAGGGUUGCAUACUUUUUUGUUUUUAAUUAUCUGCUGGACAGAAUUCCUAUGCAUAAUCAAAAACAUUUCAUAUUAUACAUCAAACAUCUUACCGAAUGCAAAUUGAAACCGAUUGAAAAUUGCACAAAUAAUCAGAUUUCAAUGAUUUGUGUUGCAUGAUAAAAUACUUAUUAGAUUGUUCCUUAAUCUAUGCUGUUUAAUCUGAAUUAUGAAAUACGUCUUAUCUGAUUUUAUCAUAUAAACUUAUGACAUAAUGUACACUAAUGCCUGAUGUAAUCUUAAACAUGCUAUAAACUGUAUGUGAUCUAAUGUUAAAACUGCCCAAAAUGUUAAGUCACACAACUUCCAUCACCAAAACAUAUAUCUGGCUGCUCAUGGGUGUAAUUGUAAAGAACAUUUCGACACCUAAUUCUUAGAAAAUGACUCAGUGGACCCUAAGGGUAAUUAUUUUACUGUCUGACAACAUACUAAAGACUAAUUAGACUAAUUAUUCUAAUUAAAAGGACAGCAAAGCUUUCAGACAUAUUUAUUUAGACGUUUCUAAUGGGUUUUAGGAUCAAACCGUGCACCAGACAAAUUGUUGAAAGUUGAUCAUAUGCAUUUUUUCUAUAAUUUAUGUAUAGCAUUUCUGUUUUCAUGUUUACAAAACAAAAGGUCUGAAAUGUAUUUGUUUUGAACAGAAAACCCCCAUUUCAUAUGAA